AUGCGAGGGGAGCCUGGGCUGGGAGGCCUCCAGGUAGAGACGAUGGCUCGCUCCGCCGCCGCCACCGCCGCGGUGCUCCUCGCCGGCUGCUGUGCGCUCCGCGCGCUGCCGGGCGCCUUCGUGCCCGCUCCGGCGGCGCGGGCGGCGCCGCCGUCCGCCGCGGCCUUGGGUGCCGCCGCGCUCGCGGCGCCGCUGGCCGCACACGCGGAGGGCGACGGCGUCUGGAUCCCGGCUCUCUCUGCGGUCGGGGCUGGCUUCGCCAUCGGCCUGGCCGCCAUCGGCUCGGGGGUCGGCCAGGGCAUCGCGUCGGGCCGCUGCAUCGACGGCAUCUCUCGCCAGCCGGAGGUCGCGGACGACCUGAGGGGCGUGCUCCUCCUGUCGCUGGCCUUCAUGGAGUCCCUGACCAUCUACGGGCUCGUGAUCGCCCUCGUGCUGCUCUUCGCCAACCCGCUGAUCAAGUGA